AUGAGUAUUGCUUGUUGUUUUUGUGUUUGUUAUGAAAGGAGAGGGCUUGAAGGGGUGGAGAGAGUAGUGGUGAAUCGAAAGGAAGGAAAGGUGGAAGUGACGGGUGAAUUUGAUCCAGAUCAACUCAUUGAUCAUCUGAAGAGGAAAACCAAGAUUACUCUUAAGCUGAAGUCUAAUGAAUCAAAGAAUAGCAAGAGAAAGCUUUGUCCCAAAGUUGGCAAGGGUUCGAUUGUCAACGACGGUCUUCUUCUGAAGUCUGGUCAAGUUGGAAGGAGACUUUUGGAUAACUGGAACUCGGAGGAAGAGGCGCAUGGUCGGAGUCUCCCCCUAGUGAACCAUUCCUGUUCAUAUAGACCCUCGGAAAUAGGUUGGAGGCAUCGAAAUUCUGAACAAGAGGCACGUGCGCGGGGUCUUACCGCUCCCCAUGGACCUUUGGAAGUAGGUAGGAGGUCUUUAGAGUGUAGAGAGUCUGAACAAGAUAUUAGGGACGCGUGGAGUCUCGCCUUAUUUAAUCGUCCUCCUCCCUCUAAACCCUUAGGGCAUAUGCCUUUGGAACACCAUAUGUUUGAGCAAGAAAUGCAUCCGCGGGGUCUUCCCAUAGAUAAUCUUCCUCCUCCUUCCCAUAGACCCAUGAAAUUUGUAGGAACCUUUUAG